AUGAUUCGCAGUACAGCGCACUCUGCAUAUAUUCUACGGAAGUGCUUGAACCAGCUCAUAGCUGUUCGAGAGACUCUGCCAUCUCGGUCGGUUUCUACGUUAAGAGUUGACUCUGCCAGUAAACCCAAAGUUCCUAUCCUCCCGAAGAACCCGAAGCGAGGAAAGCCAUCUUUAUUCCUCCAUCCCAGUGGAAAACAUCCCAAAUCUCAUGCCAAGCCUAUCAGAGGGGAACUCAAGAAACCUCUGCGCCCUCAUGUAUUCUCCAAACGACUCCUCGCGUUGUGCAAAGCCGAUAAGAUCGAAGAAGCAGUAUCCACACUUCAGAAUGCGCCUCUUGACGCACAGAAUACCAUUGUGUGGAACACUCUAAUUCGGGAGGUUUUGUUAAGGAAGCGAUUCAAGCUUGGGUACCAGCUUUAUGUGGAUAUGAAACGGCGCGGGUUCUCUCCACGGACGAGUACAUUUGUGACUAUGCUCAAUCAAUAUGCGACGAUCGAGCAGUGGUCUCAGCACACGAAGCAGCUUGACAACGUGCACACCCUGUUCGAAAAUUACAUUGAUCACGUUGAACAGGUCAAGGAGCAUGAACCCAAUAGUCCGGAGCUUGAUAACUCGGUAUACGUACCUUAUUUCAAGAUCCUGGGCGAUGCUGGCGAGUAUCAGAAAAUGUUUGAUAUCUACUAUGCUAUGCCCGACCAUGGCCCUUUGGCACCGACUCACUUUACGUUCACCGCACUCAUCAACGCUAUUUCGUGCCGCAAACCAGCUUCCAACGGGGCAGAGGCUCUUGCUGAGGUGCGCGCCCAAAACGCCUCCGAUGUGAGAUUGCUCUGGAGGCAAGCAAUCAAGCACUCUGAGAGAAAUCCACAAUUCCAAAUCGACUCACACUUCAUGGCUCCUGUACUGGGUGUCCUGGCAUUAGGUCGUCCAGCGGAUCAGCUUUUCGCGUUCGAUAUUAUCCGCGAUUUCACUGGCCUGGCUAAGCCAGGGGAAGACGCCAAGCCUGCUAGAGUACCUUUGACGCCCUACGUUCUCACCGAAGUACUCUGGCUCUGCACUUGUUCGAAAAAAUACCGGCUCGCGAUCUAUUAUUUCUGGCAAGCUGUGGAAAGCAUGUCCCCUGAGGAUAUCGCGCGGCCUCAUUUCGAUAACAUGCUUAGAGCGCAUGUAGGUCUCACUAUGAUGGGCGCUUCCCAGCAGUCCCAUAGAGCCGUGGAGACUUUGGAACGGAUGCUGCGAGAGGCCGCCACAAGACCAAAUUGUGAGAACUGGAGGCCUUCUCUAUCGACAUUCACGUUGGCUUUGGCCACUUGCUGGCGCGAAGGCGAUUGGGUUAGCGCAACAACAAUCUUUGAGCUCAUGACGGGCUACAAAGCUGAAGACUUUGCAGAUGGCGGGGAUAAUGGUCCCCGUGUGGAGUCGCCACAGAUGGAGAAGCGUUCCAAGGGGCGGAAUAUUAUGCCGGGCAUGACUGCUAUGUCACAUCUGGUUCGAACUGCCUUGGCUUCUUGCGACCAGUCGAACAUGCGGCAAUGCCUACGGAUCGUUGACCAUCUCGAUGUCACUCAGCUUAUGACAAGCGACAAACCCAAGAGCAACCUGCAAGGCAAGGAAGCCAUCUUGGCUUACGACGUCAAGGAUUCACUCUAUUUUGUCACAAAGCUAGCGAAGGACCUCAUAACUCUCGUCGAUGAAGUGGUGCAAAGAGACGUACAGCCCAACCUUUCUGCAGAAGAGGCGCGGUGGCGAGAAAUGAGAAAUACAGCGAAGAAGUUGCUGCGACGACACAGCGGAUCCACACGAACCCCAUUCUACGAGUCGCAAUUACUAGGCACCGAACGUAGUCUUGCGGCGACCGAUAGUGCCGUAGAACAGGAGCAAACAGUCCGGCGGACACAACGAUCUGCAACCUUUGUCAAGCGUGAUCUACGUAUGGGACCCGGCUCAUUCUGA